AUGUUUCGCCUGCUGGUCACCGGUCUGAAGCAAAUUGUCCAAGUGACGGAUGACUCCGACGUCAGCUUCUUGAAAGGUCGCCAAAUGAAUGACAUCAAGGUUUGGAGCCGUUGGACAUUCUGAAGACGUUGAAGCGCAAGAUUCUCAACGACGACAGCGCCAAUCUUUGCGUUUUGGUCGACAACGAGGGGAAAGUAGCGUUUGUUGGCAGAAAAGAAGACGUCGAACGACUGUUUGAUCUCUCUUCGGUCACGAGGACUAUUGAAACGAGAGGAGGUUGGGAAAGUAUGAGAGAAUGAAAAAAGGAGUCUGAACACACGACGCGAAGAUUUUUCGUAGAAAAUUAAAAGAAUGAUAGUGUAAAAAAAAGUUGGAGUGAAGUUUUCUGUAAAGUCCACGUAAAUCUUACCCGGCAGCCGAAAAUUUGCAAAGAAAGUCUCCAUAGAGCGGAAAUGUCCUAUUAAUUAAAUUUUUUUUGUUUCAAACAGGCUGGUGCCCUUUUGGCCUUUAUUUUUUUGAAAAAAAUCCUGCUUGGGCCAGGACGGGCUUGGAAAAAAAUCUUAAAUUAAUCAAACAUUUUUUUCACCGAAAAAUUAUUUUUUUACUUGUUGAAUCAUUAUCCCUUUUCUCAAAAAGCGAAAAAAAUUCAACUUGAAGGGAAUUUGAUCUUUCUGGGCCAGCCCACAAAGAUCAAAUAGGCCGGCCCAAAAAGAUCGAAUUUUUCGUUUUUUUUUUUUUGAGAAUCCUGGUUUCGAACAGAUUCUCCCGCACGGUGACAAAAAGUUCAACAAGUCUCUUGAGGGUACUAAUUACUGAAUUAAGAAAACCCUUCGCAAUUUUCUGAUGCUUUUCUGAUGGUUUCAAGUCAUUUUCUAUGAGUAGUAUUCCCAAAAAAGGAAUUAUUUUCACGUUUAAGGGGUUCUUCUCCCCGGAUUCGUCGAUGCUCACUCACAUCCUGUUUUCGCCGGCGAUCGGGUCCACGAAUUCGCCAUGAAACUGGCUGGCGCUACUUAUAUGGAGGUAUCUCCUUCAUAUCUUCAUUAUUAAAUUGAAAAAACUCAGGUUCAACAAGCCGGCGGCGGCAUUUUCUUCACGACUUCAAAGACCAGAGAAGCGACGGAAGAAGAUCUUUUGAAGGAUUUCGUCGAGGUUUGAAAGAAAUUGAAAACUGUUUAAAAUUUUUUUCACCCAAGAUCAUUAUCAAUCGACGAUCGUUUCAUUUUUUUCAAAAUAUAAUCAAAUUUUUUUAUGAAAUUUUUUUAUUCAUUUUUUUAUUUAAAUUUUUAACAUAAAUUGAUGAUGAAAAAAAAGGUUUCCGAUCCCAGAACGACUUUUUAUUUAUUCGUGAAAUAAUUUUUUUACAUUUUUUUCCCAUUAAGAUUAAAUUUUUAUUAGGAGUCAACUUUGAUCUCAUUUUACUGUUUUUAGUUUAUAUUUAAGAACAAAAAUGAAUGACUCAGUUUUUUUAAUUCUCUCUAAGAUUGUUUGUGACGUCAUGUUAAAACUGCAUCCUAAGUCCCAAAAUCAAUUUGAGAUUGCUGGGAAAAUGACCAAAUGCGGAACAACGACUUUGGAAGCGAAAAGCGGUUACGGACUCGACCUGGAAACGGAAAUGAAGGUCGAAAACCUGUUUCAGUUCCGAUUUUGACGACUUUCAUCGCUUCAGAUGCUCCGAGUGUUGUCUUCUGCUGAUGACGAAUGCGCCUUGGAAGUCUCGGCGACGUUUUGCGGAGCUCACGCCGUUCCCAAAGUAUUCUGAAGACCUAUUCUCCUCCUAACGUCUUCAGGAUUGCGACGAAGCCGGGCAAACUCGUCGAAUUUGCGAGGAGAUGAUCCCGUUAAUCCACAAAGAAAAAGUUGCUGGCAACCUGCAGAAAGUAGAAAAUAUCGACGUUUUCUGCGAGAAAGGCGUUUUUGGAGUUGAAUCUACGUAAAUACUUCGAUAAGAAAUCAUGUAACAGUUCUGAUUGAGGGAGAAAAUCCUGAAAGCCGGCCAAAAAGCAGGUCUAGUUGCUAACUUCCAUGCUGAGGAGCUCAACUACAUUGGCGGCGUGGAAAUGGGGGCCAGAAUCAAGGCGAAGGCGAUGUCGCAUCUGGAGGAGAUCUCUGACGACGGAAUCUCCGCGAUGUCGUCUUCCGGGUCCGUCGCCGUCCUGCUUCCUUCUACCGCCUUCAUUCUUCGUUUGACGCCACCUCCAGCUCGGAAAAUGAUUGAAAAAGGUUUCGCAGUCAGAUUAGCAAAAAGAAUCUACAUUUCCUACUUCUCAAUUUUGAUUUUCAUAUAUAGAAAAAAAAAUUUGAGCGUAAAUGCGGUACAAAACAUGGUGAAUCACAUUUUUCAAAUCUUCAUUAUUUUUUAAAUUCCAAAAAGUCUUUUUCCGAGGGUAGCAAUAGAACCAUACAAAAGUUGAAAACGCUUCAAUUUCCAUUAAAAUAAGUUUCGAAAAAUAUCAGCUCGUUUUCAAUUUUUCUUUGCCUGUCACCAGCUAUUCAUUAUUAUUCCGCAUAAAAAAUAAUUUGUUAUAAACCAAGAAAACCCCUAAUCACAUAACUUUCAGAUGUAAUUGUCGCUCUCGGCUCAGACUUCAACCCAAAUGCUUAUUGUUAUUCCAUGCCGAUGAUCAUGCAUCUUGGUGAGCUUUGCCUUUUUUUUGAAACUGAGAUUGUUUUUCUUUUUUGAUUUUUUCUUUAACCAAGGGGUGAAGUCCACCCUGUAACUUUCAUUAUUUCGACAUUCUCCUUCAGCUUGUAUCACGAUGAAGCUUUCGAUGACGGAAGCGUUGGUGGCGGCGACGCUCAACUCCGCCCAUUCGUUGGGACGAGGCUCGACUCACGGCGCCGUGGCUCCUGGAAGGUUAGAUUCUUCCUCCUGAUCUCAAAUCACCCCGCAGAAAAAAGUUCCAUACGCCCCACAAAAUUCUUCACCAUACAGGUCCAAAUACCCAUCAGGAUGGUUAGGAAUCAUUUGUCAGGAACCCUUUUUCCACACUUGUUGAAACCUGUUGAACAGUUGUUGAUCAUGGAAAACGUUACGGCCUCAUUUAACGAUGUUUGUCGUUUCGAAGACUAAUAGGGCAUGUCAAGGUCGGCGUCGAGAUGGUUGGAAGUUGAAGAAAAUUGUUUUAUUACUAGUUUUUGUUGCAUUUUCUUUCUGAACUCUGCAAAAAAGGCGAUAAAAUUUUGGAGGCCAUUUUUGAGAAAAAAAGUGAAAUUUUAGAGUUGGCGAUUUUGUGAUACUCGACGCGCCGUGUUGGGAGCAUAUUAUAUACCGGUUUGUUCGUUUUUAUUUGAAAGUUUUAUCAAAAGAUCAAGUUUUUUUUUUCAAAUUUUUAAGACUGAAAAAUUCAGAUUUUUUGAAGCUUAUUUAAUGGUUAUGUGGAGAGAAUAAAAGUGAUAGAGAGUUUUGUGGACAUUGAGAGGUCAUGGCCGCACCGGAAAUGGUUCUAGGUAACGGUUGUAUUUAUAAUUCUCCGGACCAAAAGUGACUUACGCUCGUGAGCAUUUGGAAGCAUUAGAACACGCUGACAAGGGAAGUGUUUUUGGUGGCCGGUUGAACUUUUGUUGAAACUUUGCUGGAAGGUACUAUAAGACCUCCUCUUUCCAGAACACAAAUAAAAUUUCUCGCAAUAGAUCUCGUUUUCGAGUUAUGAAGCUUCAAAGUUUGCACGCUGAAUGAGUGCUGCAAGGCAAGAGGGUAUGUGGCUCGCGUACGAUCCCUCCACACCAGUUGGCAGCGUGGUGUAGUGGCUAGCGUCCUUGCGCUGCGGAGUCUAUGACCUAGGUUCGAAACUUUUUGAAGAAUUUCGUUUUUGCCAAAACUUUCCUAGGAGGAAUUUAUCGACAUUGGAGAAAUGGACCAAAACUUUUUGUCCAAAAUAACAUAGCUUCUCAUUUUACUCGAUUCCCCAAGAAUUUUUAAAAGACACGUAGAACUUUUUCCCCCCAAAAAAAAGACUAUUAAUAAUUUUUAUAAGCGGAAGAAAACAUUUAAAUCGGUAUACCGAAUCAAAAUGAGAAACUAUGUUAUGUUGGAAAGAAAUGUUUGGUCCAUUUCCCAAAUGUCGAUAAAUUCCUCCUAGGAAAGUUUUGGCAAAAACGAAAUUCUUCAAAAAGUUUCGAACCUAGGCCAUAGACUCCGCAGUGCAAGGACGCUAGCCACUACACCAUGCUGCCAACUGGAGUAGAGGGAUCGUACGCGAGCCACAUUCCCUCUUGCCUUGCAGCACUUAUUCAGCGUGCAAACUUUGAAGCUUCAUAACUCGAAAACGAGAUCUAUUGCGAUAAAUUUUAUUUGUGUUCUGGAAAGAGGAGGUCUUAUAGUACCUUCCAGCAAAGUUUCAACAAAAGUUCAACCGGCCACCAAAAACACUUCCCUUGUGAGUCUCAUGCCCGUUUUAGACCCAAUUUUGACCGCAAUGAUUGAGGACACUCCUCAGGUUGGAUGGAGUGUAAUUUUUUUUAACAUACCGAAUAAGUAGUCCUAUUUUGAUUCAGAGUUUAAAAAUUACGAAAAAUUAAUAAAAGUUGAUUUUUAUAAAAAAAAAACCUUGAUAAGAUAUCAGUCUUGACAAUAUAUCAGUCUAAUUUUACGAAAAAAGAAAUCCAAAUUAAAAUUUUCUUUUCUUUUUGAGUACCAAAACUCAUUCUCGUUCCAGAAUGGCUGCCCACGACGAAAUAAUCUCCUACGUCGUGAAACGGGGCACCCUCGUCUACCGCCGAAACGAUCCCUAUGUCUGAAAUUGUACUGUUUUCUUCCAUUUUUCCUUCUCUCCCAACUUGAGAAAUGUUUGCAAGUUCUAAUAGAAAUAAAGGCUCGUUCUGCAUCAUGUGGGUUACCGUAAUUUGUCUAAUUUCCGACAAAAUUACACUGAGAACGUCUCUCCCAUUCAGCGAGUUUUCGUUUGAUUGAGUUCUGGUCAAAAUAUCUGACAGGUUGAAAUUUGGAAAGGAAAUUGAUUCUUGAUGUCACUUUUUUCUCAAGUUACAUAUUUUGAACUGAGAAACGGGAAAAAUAGAAUUUUGGACACUUUCUUGGAAAAAUCAUAAGUAUACAUAGAAACCUGUGAAAGUGAAAAAAAAAGGGAAAUAAGAACUUUGGCUAAAAGGCUUUCUUCCUUGAGCUUUUGUGCUCUGAUGAAAAUAUGAAUUCUUUUGUGAUUUCAGGAAAAAAAAGGAUAUGAGAAGCUGCACACAAAACGGCAAGGUACCGCUUAUUCGAAAUCAUUAAAUUUUAAGGUUUUGUUUUUGUUUUUGUUUUUAUCAGUUUUUUUGUUUUUUUCAAAGUUCUAAAGCUUUUUUAUGCUUACGGAAUAUAUGAAUCUAGAAAGUUUGAAAUGAUUUUCGAAGUUGGUUUCAAAAAAGUCUCUUUUGUACUUAAUAAAAAUUUCAAAAUACGAUAAACGUAUCUACAUGAAAGCUUCUCUGCUUGCUUGAAAACUAAAAUCACUUUAUUUCUUUCCUUCCAAAAACUUGAGUAAUAGGCGUGGCCAUCCAAUCAGAGGCCUAGUUCAAUGGAGCAAAGUUCUUAUAGCUAAAUCUUUUUUUUUUCUUCGAGUAUAAGUUUUCACAUCUUAUCCAGCUUUUAUCGUCUUCCGCUUCUGAAACUGCAACUAUUCUGUAGCUGAACUUCCGUUUCGGAAACGGCUUGCGGCCAAAGACCGCACCUAUUUUGGGAUUUGGCCCGUCUUACGGCCAAUUGCAGCUUGUCAGGCGAGUGACGUGGCGCCACAUCAUCUUCGUUUCCUGUUUCAACAGAUUUUGAUCUCUCAUUUACGACAGAAAAAUAAGAGGAAAACGUGCGAUUCGACAGUCUUGACGGCGAAAAACAAAUGGGGGAAAGGCUUGAUGAAUGGCGAGAGGCCGUUUCUUUGAAAUGGGUGAUCGGCCUAGUGGGUCAAUUUAUUUUUUCGCCCUAAGCGCAGAUGCUUUCCUUUUUUGUCUAGAAAAAGAAAGACGUCUGAAACUCCUUGUACUAGAGAACUUCGAUGGGUCGUUGGACUUAAUCAAAAACAAAUUUAUUUCUAAUUUUAGGUUAUUUGGCACAAAAAUUGUCAGAUUGAAUGAUAUUGAAAGGAGCCUGUAAACUGAAAAGUCGAACUUCAUUCUUCAUCAUAAUCGAAACUAUGGGCUUUGAAAAGCAGAAGAAAUAUUGACCUUUCCCUUAAAGUCUUGAACUUUCAAAGAGAUUCUUCAGAAGUUCCUUGGCUCUUUCUUAAGCGACCACUUGGAUUUUCCUCACGAGGAGACAUUUUUCAUGGACAGGGAAAGUUUUUAGUGGCCAUUUUAGGGUUUUAACGUUCAAGUGGCCACUAUAGUAGUCAAAUUAGCGGCCUCUCAAGCGACUAAAAUAUAAUGACCUCUUCAGGAGUCUCAGUGGUACUUCUAUACUCCAAAAAAUUACUGUAAUGGCCACUAAGACACGAGAUAGAGGCUUCUAUAAAUUUGUUUCUAGUGGUCACUUUAGGUUCCUCUCCAAGCUGUCCUUGCAGAACCUCUCAAGUGGCCAUAAAAGUUUUUUCAGGAGCUUUAGAAUUUUUCGGCUACUCAAAAGUUGCUUUUUUGGUCCGUGUGGGAGUAACUAGUAUAUUUCGACCUUUAUUAAAAUAUUGGAGCAAGUCCGAACGAAUUCAAGAAAGAACUUGUAGUCUGAUCGCGAAUAAUUAGAGCCAGAAGAUCGAUAAUCUUUUUUCUGAGAAGCUUAUGUAAAAAGGAAUAAGAAAACGUAGAGAUUCCAUAAGGUCUACGGUAACCUCUUCUUUUUCGUGACAAGCUUGCGGUGAACGGAGUAUAAAUCAACUAGAUUCGGUUCAUCCUCCGAAGAAGUUUCUCGCAGAGAAGAAGCGAAAAAGGAAGCUUCUCUUGGGUUGUGAGAACGAGGCCGACGGGGGGUCGACCAAAAGCGAGUUUCUUCUGCUUCUUCCGAACGCGUCGAUUCUUUUUCUUCGUCUUCUUCUCCCACCGUUUGGUUUAUUUGUUAUGUUUGUAUUUGGUGUGUGUUGCAAGGGCCUUUUGAAUGGAAUUGUGCACAAAAUGAGCGGAUACGGUAGCGAAAAGACACUCGAUGACCACUCGGCCGUGCACGGAAGGCUGGUUCGGACCUUUCCUUUUUUGGAUUCUCGCCUCGUUUUUCCUACUUCUCCUGGCUUCUAGUUGGUUUUUUACGUUAUGUGGUCGUCCUUCAAGAGCUUUUAUAGUGUCUCUUCAUUAUUCGUUGCAUCAUUUUUCGGUUCUUACCCGGUUUCGCAUGGUUUCUAAAGCUCAAAGUUGCCUAAAAAUUUGUAAAUUCAGUCAAGUUUGUAUGGGAGUUUUUUCAUUUUCAGCAAAUUUCGAUGAUAUUACAGCUUGUUAUGUUCUUUCGCGAAGUUCUUUUUAGUGACUCUUGCUGAGGCCUUUGAAAGAUAAUUAGAAUUUGUUUUUUUGAUUAAAAAAAUUUUGCCACUGUUUAAAAAAAUGAUCAAAUAAUAUUUGAAAAUUAUUUAUAAUUUUGUUUGCAUUGAAAAAAGAGCAAAACGGAAAAGCAAAAAUGACUCCUAGGGUCUUAGGUCUUAGACUAAACUUUAGUCUAAAGACCGUCGACGGAUCUUUUUUCAUUUCACCUUUUUUUAUUUUUUUCAAGUCUUGUAUCAAAAAAAUAUGUUGGAAAAACAACUAAAAAGAUUCCAAGACAUUUAAAAAAAGAAUCUUUGAGGCUAUGAAAAAAAUGAGCUUGAAAGACUGUUUCGAGGAACUUUUUAGUGGGAUCUUUUUUUAGCUCCUUUUUGAGGGUCCUCAAAUGAACUUUUCCGUUUUACCUAGAAGUACAGUUUCAUCAAAAAAAUUUUUGAGAUAUGUACUGAUUUUUUUCUCAUUAGGUGGAUGAGCCCCAUAUCGAUAAAAAGAUUCAUUUUUCUCGUUUUUUUUUUCGGAUAGUUGAACGUUUUUUUGAAGCUUGUUCUAACUCCUUAUAGAAAUUCAGGCCAACUUGUAUUUGAGUUCCGGGGAAGCUUAAAUUUUGAACUCAAGCGGAAAAAAUGAGUACCACUUCAAAAAAAUCUCUUUUUCCAACAUUAAAAAUAGAUCCUCACAAAUUUCUGAGCUCCUUUCUAAACUUCAAGUCUUUUGAAAACAUCUCGGAAUUCCAACAAACUUUUUCUUCAAUUUUUUCCGAUUAAAACCGCAAUUUUUCCCUUUAGAAAACCUUGCCACAGGUACUUAUGAAAGCAAUCAAAAGUUUUGGAGAGCCCGGAAAGACCUUGAAAAACUUUCGCCGCCAUCAUCAUUUUCGGUAUUUUCUAAGUAAAAGAUGCGUGGCCGCGGCCCAUUUGCCGAAUUUCCAUUUUUGUUUGGUUCGUCUGUUUGUCGACGGUGCACGUCUUCUUCUCCUUCGUUUUUUCUUCCAUUCUCCGCAUCAUAUGACCCCGACGUCUUCUUCCCAUUUUCAGUGAUGUUCGUCGCCGUUUUGAUUGAUUCAUAACCUCGUUGAGAGUCGCUUCGGAGGCUGAUAAAAAGGUUUAAUUGUGAUUGUAAGGACCACUUUUAUAGGGCUGUUGUUUGACUUUCCGAGUGAUUUCAUCUCAGAGAUUUUUGUACUUGGAUCUCUGGUUUUUGCAUCUCUGGAUUUUCGGACAAUGAUCAUCUAUUCCGAUACAGCACUUCUCUGUAUGAACAGUUUUAAAGUGAUUUAUUAUUUUAUAAAUGAUCACUGUACUAUCACUAUACUAUCACUGAUUAUUACUAUAUAAAUUAUCACUGAAUUAUUUCGCCGCUCUUAUAUCAGACGGCUCACCGUCGAAAAUAUGAAAGGGCUAUAUUAUGAGGAAGUUUAUUAGGGAAUUAAUCAUCUAAUCUAUUCCACUAGAAUUGAACGUUGGUUACGAAAAUUUUGAUGUUUCUGUGACUGUCGGAACUUCCUAAAAGAAAAAAGGCAUUUUUGAGAAUUUUUUUAUUCAUAUGUCUUUCUCAAUUAAAUUUCAUCAACCUUGUCAUGGGAGUAGAGUUGAAACGAUAUUUUUUCUACUGAGAUUUUUUAAAGUCCUUUUAGGCCAGUGGAAUCAGCUGAGAAGCUUCCACUACAAAAAAAGGGCUUUUUGAAAUAUUUUUUUGAAAAAAAAAUUUUUUUCAUUAAUCAUUUAUUCAGCUCAUUUGA